AUGGCAACAUUAAGUUUUCCUAACUACAAUUUUUCCAUCACCAAUAAUUUGGAACCAACAGACAAUUUUAAUGAGAUCAAAUUAUCAAGAAAAAAAAGAGACUCUUGUGCUACACAAGCUCAAUUAGAUAUAUUAGCAAAGGGUUUAGACUCGAUGAGUAGCGCCGUAGGCAAAGAUGUCUUUGGAGGUGCCUCAAAAUUAGCUUCGUUGACCGGAUCAAUUGUUGGUUUUCAAUCUCCGACAACUUGUGAUCUAGAUGCGAAACUGGAUCAGAUUUUACAGAAGCUACAUGAAAUCGCAAGAGACGUACAGAGUUUGGGUCCUUUAGUUGAAUGUACACAAAUAAAAAAUAAGUAUGAUAGCCUUUUGGCGAAAAUACAAGCAAUAUUGCAUCUCCUUAAUCAUUUUCGUGAAACAAUUGAAGCAAAAAACGAAACAAGAAUUAAGAUAAUAUCCCGGUGUAAUGAUCAUACAGAAGGAAUACAUCAAAUAUAUACUAUGCUAUUAAUACUUCUCGAAAAUUAUGAAGUAGUGAACUUUUUAAAAAACUGCGCCCGUUAUGAAUCAGAAAAGGUUAAUAUAUGGAGUGACAAAGUAAUGAAAUUAGCAUCAUUAAUUACACUUUUGAUCAAAAUAUGUGAAGAAGCAAAUAAUUAUGUGACAGAAUUCGAUCCACCUCGUUUCGAAAAGGAAGUAAUAGAAUUGAUUCAAUAUUAUAGUGAAAUUACUAAUUUAAAAGAAUUUGUAGCAGACCAAGGAGUUUUAGGAUUAAGAAAUAUUGUAAAAUCAAUUGCAAACAAUGGGAAAUCUGCUGAUGAAACUGCACAAACUCUAAAAGAAAAGUUUAAUUACUUUAAUUGGGACGUAAUUUUCUAUUCUUCCAAAAUACAUAGUUACGAUCAACAUGCGGCGUAUUAUCAUCCUGAUUAUACAUAUUGCGGCUCACACUUUUAUUUACGUGAAUUAGACCAUGGUAAAAAUGCAAUAGUAGCAUGGUGUAUUCCUAACAACAACAAUCCUCGUAAUAUAGAAUUAAAGGGCUAUAGCAAUCAUGCUAAAACAUAUGCGACAAACAUAUACAACGAAAAUAAAAAUCUAAAUUAUGUCCUGGUGAUACAUUCACAGCCCGAUUGUAAUGGGUAUGGUAAUUGGCAUAACUGUUACACAAAACCCAUUGAAGAAGAUUAUAACGGGAUAACAAAUUCAUGGAAGGAGGGUGAACAUACAGACGACCGUAAGUUCAUCUAUACAAGUGGUUGGACUGAUAAGAAGUUGUGGAUCUUCGCGUCAUGGUCGGCUUAUAAAAAUGAAAGAGAAAAACCAGAAUUAAAAAAUACAAAAGCUAUCGUUUUCACGAAAGGAGGAAAAAACGUUAUAACAAAAUAUGAUACAAGACUAUUUGGUCACUACCAACAAUAUACUGAAAAAGACGAUUAUAAGUGUUUCCGAGCAUGCAAAUCUGAAGAACAAUGCGCCGCCGCUACAUUCCAUGCUUUGUACAAUUGCUUUUUUUUUCGUAUAGGUUUUAGAAAAUCCGUGGAAUCAGGUUGGACUUCAUAUAUUAAACAUGAAGAAACAGAUAUCAAGCCUGCGAAUCCCUGUGCGUCGGUCAAAUGUAAUUAUGGAGGUUCAUGUAUAUCAAAAGGUUCAUAUAAUUAUACUUGUUAUUGUCGAUAUACGGUAAACGUAAAUGAUGGUAUCUGUGAAGAUCCGUGCAGCUAUCAUGCUUGUGGGCUUAAAUCAAGAAAAUGUGUGAGCAUAAAGACUGGAUUUCGAUGUGAGUGCAAUGGUUUUUCAACAAACAAUGAAGCCUGCUCAAAAGAUGCAACGUGUGACGGAUGCGCGAAUCAUUCUAAAUGUGUAUUAAAUCGGGACAAGAAGUAUCAAUGCAUGAUCGAGUGUUUCUUUGGUGAAGAUACUGUUCGAAUGGUUGACGGAGGAUACCAACCUAUCGCAAAAUUAAAUCCAGGUGAUCGAGUUUGGUCACUUGGCGUAAAUGGAAAAAUGGUUGAAGACGAAAUUGUUAUGAUUAUGCAUAUGGAACCUAAUACAACAGCUUUGUUCUAUACAUUUACCACAAUCGACGGCCAAUCAAUUAGUAUGACAGCGGCUCAUUUGAUUCAAACAUUGAUUCCAUCGUCUCUGUCAUUCAACAUGACCGUAGCUUUUCUACCAGCAUCAAAAAUUACACUUGAUCAUCGUUUAUUUGUCUCGGGAAACAACAAUCCAAUUUCUAUCGCUAGAAUAAUAACAAUUCAUCGUGUUGGCAUUUAUGCACCAUUGACACUUAGUGGUACUCUACUUGUUAAUAAUAUUUCUGCUUCCUGUUUCAUCGAAGCAUACGGUGUUAAUCAUGAAGUCCAGUAUAACUUUUUCAAGCUUUUCAUACUAUACUACCGUUUUACACGAUGGAUAUAUGGUCGAAACUACCAUCCAUUCGCUGCUGAAAAUUAUCAAGAUGGCUACCAUCCAUUUAUUGCUACUAUUAUGCAGAAUCGUAAUGUAGCAGGCUUUCUUUCCGAUUGUUUGCACACUAUGAUACGACCAUCAUCACUGAUUAUCAUCAUUGUACUUAUUGGAUUCAACAAACAAUUAAAACGUUUUCAGAAACUCCAACAUUUCCAUUGA